GUUUUCUAUAGUAUUGUUUAUCUUUGAACGAGUGAGGCGAGGACGUCAACAAAGUCUUGUGUCUAGAUAAGGAUAUUUUAGAGUAUCAAGAACUAUGCUUCCUCGGGUGCGUCGGGUGUGGUCAAAACUCUUUGGCCGCUACCUCUGGGUUACCAACACUGUGAGCUGCGGAGUUCUCUUAGGGGUCGGAGAUGGGAUACAGCAGCACAUAGAGCGAGCACGAGGAGUUUCCACCAGUGAGCGUUACGACUGGGCACGGACUGGACGGCUGUUCCUCGUUGGUCUAAGCCAGGGACCUCCUCAUCAUGUGUUCUAUGUGUGGUUGGAUAAGGUUUUACCACAGAAGAAUGCAAAAACCGUUUUCAAGAAGAUUAUGGCCGACCAGUUCUUGGCUGCCCCGUUCUUUGCUGUCACCUUUUUCUUGUUUGCCGGCCUUCUAGAAGGGAAGACGCUGCCUGAAGCCUGGAAGGAGUUCAAACAAAAGUUUCCUGCAGUGUAUUUGUUUGAUUGGUUCAUAUGGCCACCAACGCAGACAAUCAACUUCUAUUUUGUCCCUCUACAGUACCGAGUGGUUUAUAUCAAUUGUGUAACUGUUGUAUGGGAUGUCUUCCUUUCUUACACGAAACACAAGGACCAAGUGAAAAAGCAAGAAAAGGAAGUUUGACAACACAGCUGAAUAGUCUGUUAUUAUUUUCUUUUUUCUUUUCUUUUUUUUUUGUCUUCUCUAACAAAUUUAUUAACACGUAACUAAACAAAAAAUAUGUACAUGAUGUUCCCACAGGUAAUUUUUUUUUAAUGGUCUCUAAUGGUCACAGAUGGCAUAAUAAGCAUGCCACAUCCACUGCUGUCAUAGUUUAUUAGUGGUAUCUUGUUGCCAAGGUGGAAAUUAUUGGUCUUAUAUAUCUUACAUGAUUACCAUUUUCCCUGAUUUGCAAAGAGAUUCACUUUUUUUUAUUAUUAUUAUUAUUAUUGUUAUCUGUAUUUUUGGGAGAUUAUAAUACUCAUAAUGUUAGUGAUAAUGAUAGCAGCAUUGUUAUAAACAGCAUUAGAAGGAAAUUCAAGGAAAGGGAUCUCCUAUGAGGUCACAAGUGCCUACUUAUUAAUUCCUUGAUGACAGCAUUUGUGGAGCCAUCUUUUGAUAGGAAAGUUCACAAAAAGCUGCAGUUGAUAGUACAUGAACUGUGACCAUAGAGUUAAUAACCACUUACUUUGGGAUUAAUCAAGGGUCGUUUUUGCAAUUUUCUCAGAAACUUAAGAGAUAGAAGGAAAGACAGACAGGAUGUACCUGUGUUGUACUUACGGUGGAGUCAAUUCUCCGUGGUAACAGAUUCCUUGGCAUAAUUAUUACACUGCUCAUUAACCUAUAUUCAUUUAUUUUAAAGUACAGGCUGCAUUUUUUAUCAGAAUAUAUACCAGAUAGUAUAAAGAAAAAUGUUUAUGAAAUGUUAAAACAUCAAAUGUUAUUUAUAUGCUGGAUUUUCUUGUCUUCCAUACACUGCCAUUUCUCAGGGGGGAAAGGAAUUUGUAUGAUAUUUAUUAUAUAGCACAGAUGGGAAUUAUAUGCUUAUAUUUUAUGCCAGAUUGAAAGGUUAAUCUAUAGUACUAUGUUUCAUAUUUAUGGAUAUAUAGCAAACAUCUGUUCAAGUUAUUCAGAUUCCAUAUAUUUUUUAUAUUACUGAAAUUGAUAUGGUUGUUUUAUUUACUAAUAUUUUAGUAGAAAUUAUGAUAGUAUUUGUAGGACAUAGCUGAAUUUACAUAGGAUUAGUAAAACAAGUGUUUGACUUGUAAUAUCUAUGAAAAUUAACAGAUAUAUAAUAGUAUUUUUAACUUGAUAUCUGUAUAUUCCUGAGAAUGUAUAUAUUUUUCUAAAAUACAGUGUUUACAAAUUUCACUUGUAUUUUUUCCUAUUAUGGAUAUUAAGACGAGCAGAUUUAAGGGCAAUUAAUUUAAUUAGCAUAUAUUUGGAAAAAAGGGGACUCUGUUACAAAAGACCCCCCCCCCUGCCCUUUAUUACUUUGUGUAAUAAUAAUAGUUUUAUACGUUUAUUUGGAGAGAAUGUUUAUGACUUCCCACUUUUGUAUAUAUCACAGUAGAGUACUUUAUUUGUGUUCAGAGACAAUGCAAUGGAUGUACAAAAUUUUGUGACUUUUCCUUUAUUCUGUUUUUUUCAUAUAAAUAUGUAUGGGAGUUUUGAAAGUACAAACCAAGAUAUCUU